ACUGCAAGAAAUGGUGCCGCACAGAAGCUGAACGCUUUGCAGAGCACGCCGCCCGAAAACAUUUGGAGGAGGGCCUCGCUGCGCAAACGGCCCGACAGUUGGAGAUCUUAUUCCAGGAUUUGCAGAUGCUGAAGGAUCGAUUUGACGAAGAGCCAGAUGAUGUGGAUGUGGUCCAGCAGAGCAUUCUCCGUGCCACGCAAGCCUUUGAGGCGAGCCAAGCACUUCGCCCUGCAUUUGUUCAGAAGAUUCUAGAACGAUGCUCGCAAGCCACUCUAUUUGAAGGCUCGAGGCGGAGAUUGUCGUUCAGACCGAGUCUGAAUCAAAAAACCCUCCUUGAUGUUGACUUCAAUGCCACGCUUGUUGGAUUACAACAGCGAAGAACAAAGCUCAGUCCUUCCAUCGAGCAGAAGGGAGGUUUCUUUGAGACUUGCCGGAAAGAGGACGUGGGGCAGAUGAGGAAAGAAGAAGUUUUGCUUGGAACUUCUCAAGGCUUUUGCAAACGUGGGAUGGGCACUGCUGUGUGGGCGCGCAACGGAUCAGACAAGGGCGGCUUCUGCUGUCCGUGGAAGGAGCCCUGGUGUGGUGGUUGCGCCAUGCCCAAUCAGCAUGGAGAUGGCUGCGGCAGGUGUCGUGGCGGUUGGGUCCUCGAGAACGGACGCUGCACUGCCUGCAUGGACAUUCCAUGGCGUGAUCCAGACGGCAGAAACUGCUUCGCGCUUACUCGGGAAGAAUGCAGUUCCAAACGUUUCCACGGUACCUCUUCUGCCACGGCCUGUUGCGCUUGUGGUGGCGGGAUGAGGGAAGCCACACCCUUCCGCUACUAUACAGAGCCGAUGCUGCUGGGCCAAAGAGAUGUCGUCGGACAUCCACUGCCACGAACGGCCGAGCGCUAUUCAAUGGAUUCCAGCUGCGCGUUGCUGGAUCUCAACUUGACUGUAGAUGGCCACACAGGCGCAUUGAAGCUGGUGCCCGGGCGCUCCACAGUUGGAUGUGGACAAAGAUGGAGUGAAAGUUCCCACGUUUCAUGCGCCAUCACUGCACAUGAAGGGGGCAUGAACUUCACUACGCAGCUGGUCGUGGAGGUGUCCAAUUUCCUGGCUUGGGAAAGUUCAAUGCUCAUUGUGCCAGCAGAUCGUAGCCAGACAUUCCCUGCCCAACAUUCAAGCAGGAUCGUUGAAUCCUUGGCUGUGGCUUGUUUGCCACAACAAGGCAAAUGGCUGGAAUUGAAUGGAAAUGGCACCAUGCUUGUGAAGCCAAAUACCACAAAUGCCUCACAAAUCCCUGGGCUUACAGCAUUGAAUGUCCCAGGCUUGGAAAAGGCAAGCGGAAGUCUUUGCCGCGUCAGUGAUGCAACGAAUGAGUCCCGAGAGGCCUUUGUCGUGGUGGUCACCCCGCAGAUUUGGAGUUCCAUUUGCUAUCCUCGUCAAAGUCUUGCUGUGGCCCUCAACAUUUCCUUGAACCCCAUGCAGCCCAUGGAUGGUGGCCUGCCAGGAGGACAUGUGCCACCAUCUCGUUACUCAGCUUCAUGUCAGGCAGAUCAGAAGGAGUUCGAAGUGAUUUUCGAUGAGUUGAGUGGCGAGGCAUCUGCCUCAGGCUUCAGCGUUUUCCAUUUAGAUCCCCAGUCUGGCGCAUUGCAUGUGUCACCUGAAGCCAGCCUGUCACACCUUUUCGACCUAUUGCAGACCAACAAGCAAAGAGCAAGCGUGAAAUUAUCUUGUAUCAUCUUGGGUCACUUUGAAUGGCAGGUUGGCAUUCCUGUGCCUCCCAUCCGUGGAGAUAUCGACAUUUUCAUAGAAGAUUCUACUUGUUGGGCUCCGGCGCUUGAGAGUGUGCACGGAUGGAUUAUGCAAGAACAGCAUGACCUUUCAGAAGCAAAGUGCCGUGCUGAUUGCCGUGCAGACGGACACUGCGGAGUCUACAAAUGGGUGGAAAACAAUUUCAGCACUCCCAAAUGCUACUUUUUGAUUCCUUGCGGCCCUCAUUCUCCAGAUUGCCACUGGUUGCCAUCCGCCACCGAGAAAAUUUCCACUUGCGGCUUGGGAAAGACUUGUUUGAGUUUGACGGCUAGACAACCUGUUUGGCUAUAUCAGGGGCAGUUCUGCCCUUCAGCACUUGCUGUAGAGCCUGAAACCGACAAGCUCAGUUGGAUAUACAUCAAAAAGGAGGUCGUGGUGACUGCGCAAGAUUUGUUCUAUAUGCAAGGUGCUGCGACGGAUCCAGAGGCUAAGUGUGCUGCUCAAGGGCUGCUUCUGACCAGGAGCAAUGCGACCUGGGAUUUUCAAGAUUCGGCAAGCUACAUGGAACUCUUUGGUGAGCAUGUUGCUUGUUUGGAAGGUCGCGAUGGCAGUUCUCCCAUACUAGUGGCCUUUGCUGAAGGUAAGGCGGAGUUGAAGGUGAGCCAUGCAAAGUCGCACAUUGGUGAAGAUUUGAUGUUGACUUUGCAGCACGACUUGUGCUCCACCCUGGGGCUUGGAAUGAAUGAAACGAAUGCAGAUUCACAGCCAGAUGCCUUUCUCAUCGACGACCCUACCACUGCAACUCCUAAUGACUUCUCGCUCCAUCCUUGCGAUUGCUUCCCAAUGUCAUGGGGGAACCAUGCCCCCGUCAUCUCCGAUAGUUUUUUGUCGGUGCCAGCUGGAAGCAACAAUGUGUUCAGGCCGAAAGUCAUUGAAAUUGCUCAGGGCUCUUACAUGUGUGAGCAAGCAAGCUUGAUUGUGUCACAGUACGAGCCAAGUGACAUGCAGCAAUGUCGAGACGAGUGCUUACUCAGUUUCGGGUGCAAGUUCGUGUGGUUUGGAACCGCGGCAUCUCUUCAGCAAUGCCGGCUAUACAAGGAUUGCCACAGCCUCCUGAUGGUCGAGAGUGCUUCUGGUAUGUUGGCUUCUGUGCCGAAGGAAGACGAAGAAGUUUGCCGGAUAGCUGAUGGUGCCAAGUGCUGGGCUGUCAGCAAACGGCGCGCCUUCUUGAAUGCAAGCACAGGAGCAUACGGAGCCUCCAAGCCAUGUCGUCAUCAAUCUUUGGUAGAACAAUGCGACUCGAAGCUUCUACUUGGAGGGCUUGGGAUCGAACGAUGCUUUGGCUGUGUGUAUUCUCUUGUUGAGAAGGAAGAAGCUUGGCAGCAGAAGCGCAGAUUGCCGCAGGAGUUCCGGACUGGCACACGGCUCACUUUUUCUUGCUGGGAGGAACGAUAUGCCGCAGUGACGCCAGAAGGAGUUCUUGGCGCAAGGAAUGCGACAUACACAAUCUCUUGUACUGGUGGGCAGUGGUGGGGUCCAGACAUGGAGUUCGGACUGAGUGGCUUUGCUUGCGGGCAAUGUGCGCAAAUCAUUCACCCCAACUAUGCGGCGUACCAAGAGCAACAGCAUCAAGCAUCUUGGAUGUGCACAUUUUGGGGGGGGGUGAAAGGAGCUAUAAGACCUCCAGGCUAUUGUUCCGACGGCUGA